GGGCCCGGCAGGGGAGGCCGGCCGGCCGGGGGAGAGCAAGGCCCCGAGGCGGCUCUUGUCGGGGCGUUGGGGCGGCCCCGCCGCCUGCCUUCUCGCCGCGCCCUGCUAUUCCAGCGCAGGCGGCCGUUGGUUGUCUCCGUCCUCCCCCUCGCAGGGGCGAGGGACCGGAGGAGGAGGGAGACUGGUACGGCCUUGGCCGAGGCGAAGGCGUCGGGGUCUUGGCGCUGCCCCGGCGGUGUCCCUGCACAGCCCCCUGUUUGCGCGGUCAGUGUCGGCCAGGGAGACAGCCUGGCUGCAAGGACACGCAGGCUGCGUCUGCAGCUACCACACACGGGCUUCUCAAGAGGGCCUUAGGAAAAAGUGCGUAUGUCGUUACGAAAAAAUACGGCAAUAGAUUUAAAAUAUAGUUGAGUGUGCUGCUCCGAGGUGGCUGUUUCUAUGAAAAAAACAUGUCGCCUGCUUCUUAUUUGACCCGCGUCCAAAUGGCAGUUUAAAGAGAUCGUUUGCAUGGCACUGUGCUACUGGCAUAGUGUUUGACCUUUCACGUAACUUGGCAAAUCAGAUGACUCUAAUGACAAACGCGUUUGAAACACACCUUCCCAUUGACCUCGUGCUGUCCACUGGAGACAAAAGUACUUGAAAACAGAAACCUGAAGAAAAAUAUGGAGCAAAUGUAGCUUCCAUAGGAACUCAAGGAGGUCACUGUCAAGUUUAUCCCACGUAUUCAUGAGGUUGUUCCCUAGUUCCCAUUUGUCCUCAGUGAGACAAAGGAAAAACAACGCUCCGUGGAAACCACCUCUCCUGGCAUCAGGCAAAGAGCAGCAGUUCUCCUGAGCGGAAGUGAUCCAUACAGAAGUGUAUCCAAACUAGUGCAGUGAUUUAUCAGGAAUGAAAACAGGACAUGACCCUGUAAACCAGGCUUGCUAGCAGAUCAGAAGAGACCAGAAAACAUCCCGUGGCUGUGGUGAAGGGAAGUAGCCAUCCUCUUAACGCUGACCUUCAAAUAAUUGGCAACAGCUAUCAUUUUUCAUGGUGCUUUUCAAAGGCGGCCCUUCAAAAUCAGGUCUGGGCUGAAACUGCAGAGCCAGAGUGGAGGAUCCUUUCCGCAUGCUGCUGCGUCCCUAAGCAGACUCUGGGCAGCUGAGAAGGAGACCCAGCCCUUCCUCAAGACACCUCUGUAGGCACUGAUAACCCGUAUUUCAGGCACACAGGAGACAUGGACCCUGGUCUUCAUUUCAGGGGAGCCACGACCAGAAGACCAGCUGUUAGGGUCACCAUUAAUACCCUAGUCAAGGUGCAGCAGAAACAUCCCUGACAUUCAGCAGUGCUGCUUUUUGGUGGCACCAGAGCCCUGGACCACUGCCUGGGUGGAAAAAGGUUUCCUUCUCUGGACUGCAGGCCCAAAGCCAUCCGCACAGUCAUGAGGAGGCUGGAAUAUCGUGCCAACCCCUGGAGAUGUGUGUUUGACCCAGAAACAUAGAUCCCCGUAUCGCACUCAGUACUUGCAAGUAUCAGUCUAAGGACAGGGGACUGCAAGAUGCUGCAUCACCUGGGAAGAAGCUACUUGAAGGUCAGCUGCUGCGUGGUGACCUCUGCGUGCAGGCUUUCUGGUCUAUGGGAGGCACGCAUAGGGUCCGCAUCCCAACACAGCUGGCUCGUGAAGACAAGAGAAAGCUAUGGGUGCAGAGGUGGGAAUGAGUAAAGCCAGCAGAGCAACAAGAAGUCCUUCUCUGGCAGCUUACAGUAAUGGCCGGGACCCGACUGGGCCUGAUCCCUGGGCCCAGCAGCACCAGGGCUGCAGCUGUAUUGAGGGAGAAGGGCUGUAAAUACCUGCCUUAGGGCAGAGAGCUGCUGACAGACGCCUCCUGCUGAGGAGAGAGCUGGGACUCCGAGGGCACGUCCUCCCUGCCUGCCUCUCUCCCUCCCCGCCUCCCUCCCCCGCCGGACACGGGUUUCCUCAGGAGCCGGAGCUGAAGGGGAGGAGUGGGCCGCCGGUUACCUUCCCGGCAGCACAAGUAGCUCCUUCUUCCCGGAGCGGCGAGCGUGCCGCUGGCGAUUCAAGUCGUAACCUGAAGUGAACUAGCCAUGGCGAGCGAAGACAAACAAGUUGUUCAGCCAACAGGUGAUGAUGGAGGAGGCGGUGGUAGUGGAGGAGGAGCGGGAAAAGAAGGAAAUGCUGCUGAAGGGGGAAGUGUGCUGCAGCCUUUGAAUCCAGGAGUCCCCAUCCGAGGUAUCAAGAUGAAAUUUGCUGUGCUGACCGGACUGGUGGAAGUCGGUGAAGUGUCCAACAGAGACAUAUUCGACACUGUGUUUAAUCUGCUUGUUGGGGGCCAGUUUGACUUGGAAAUGAACUUUAUCAUCCAAGAAGGAGAGGGCAUCACUUGCAUGGUAGACUUGCUGGACAAGUGUGACAUCACCUGCCAAGCUGAGAUGUGGAGCAUGUUUACAGCAAUUUUGAAGAAAAGUAUACGCAAUCUCCAAGCAUGCACAGAAGUAGGCCUCGUUGAGCAAGUGCUCAAGAGAAUUGAUAAAGCUGACAACAUGAUUGCAGAUCUCUUAGUGGAUAUGCUGGGUGUGUUGGCUAGCUAUAACUUGACAGUUCGAGAGCUCAAGUUAUUCUUCAGCAAGCUUCAAGGAGAAAAAGGGAGAUGGCCACCACAUGCUGGGAAGUUAUUGUCUGUGUUAAAACACAUGCCUCAGAAGUAUGGACCUGAUGCCUUCUUCAACUUUCCAGGAAAAAGUGCUGCAGCUAUUGCCUUACCUCCUAUAGCCAAGUGGCCAUACCAGAAUGGGUUUACUUUCCACACUUGGCUAAGAAUGGAUCCUGUAAAUAAUAUCAAUGUGGAUAAGGAUAAGCCUUACUUAUAUUGUUUUCGAACAAACAAAGGACUUGGUUAUUCUGCCCACUUUGUUGGAGGCUGCUUGAUUGUAACGUCCAUAAAAUCAAAGGGAAAAGGUUUCCAGCAUUGUGUAAAAUUUGAUUUCAAGCCACAAAAGUGGUAUAUGGUUACUAUAGUACACAUCUAUAACCGCUGGAAGAAUAGUGAACUUCGAUGUUAUGUGAAUGGGGAGCUGGCAUCUUAUGGAGAAAUAACAUGGUUUGUCAACACCAGUGAUACAUUUGACAAAUGUUUCCUGGGUUCUUCAGAAACAGCAGAUGCCAAUCGAGUGUUUUGUGGGCAAAUGACGUCUGUUUACCUUUUUAGUGAGGCACUCAAUGCUGCUCAGAUCUUUGCCAUUUACCAGCUUGGUCUGGGAUAUAAGGGAACAUUCAAAUUCAAGGCAGAAAGUGAUCUCUUCCUUGAUGAACAUCACAAAUUGUUGCUAUAUGAUGGCAAACUAUCCAGUGCUAUUGCUUUUAUGUACAACCCAAGGGCUACAGAUGCACAGCUGUGUCUAGAGUCAUCCCCUAAGGAUAACCCUUCUAUUUUUGUUCAUUCACCACAUGCCCUCAUGCUGCAGGAUGUGAAAGCAGUCUUAACGCAUUCUAUCCAAAGUGCCCUGCAUUCCAUUGGAGGGGUGCAGGUACUUUUCCCUCUCUUUGCACAGUUAGACUAUAGGCAAUAUUCAUCGGACCACGUGGACACAACUGUUUGUUCUACUUUAUUGGCUUUCAUCAUGGAGUUAUUGAAGAACUCUAUUGCUAUGCAAGAACAGAUGCUUUCCUGUAAGGGCUUCCUUGUGAUAGGAUAUAGCCUAGAAAGGUCUUCCAAGGCCCAUGUUACCCGAGCUGUACUAGAACUUUGCCUUGCCUUUUCAAAAUACCUGAGCAACUUACACAAUGGGGUGCCCUUGCUGAAGCAGUUGUGUGAUCAUAUUCUCCUUAAUCCUGCAAUAUGGAUUCAUAUUCCAGCACAGGUUCAGCUGAUCCUGUACACUUACCUUUCUACUGAGUUCAUUGGCACUGUUAACAUAUAUGGUGCAAUCCGACGGGUUGGGACAGUUCUUUUGGUCAUGCAUACCCUCAAGUAUUAUUAUUGGGUAGUGAAUCCUCAGGAUCGCAGUGGUAUAACUCCCAAGGGCAUAGAUGGGCCACGACCUACUCAAAAAGAGAUUUUAUCUCUGCGAGCCUUCUUGUUGAUGUUCAUUAAACAGCUAGUGAUGAAGGACUAUGGAAUAAAAGAAGAUGAAUUGCAAGCUAUCCUCAAUUAUCUGCUCACUAUACAUGAGGAUGACAAUCUAAUGGAUGUCUUGCAGUUGCUUGUUGCUCUGAUGUCAGAGCAUCCCAGUUCUAUGAUCCCUGCUUUUGAUCAGAGGAAUGGAUUACAGGUUGUCUACAAGCUUUUAGCAUCACAAAGUGAAGGCAUCAGGGUGCAAGCUCUAAAAGUGAUGGGAUAUUUCUUAAAGCAUCUGUCUCCAAAGAGAAAAGCUGAAGUCAUGCUUGGACAUGGAUUGUUCUCUUUGUUGGCUGAAAGGCUGAUGCUUCAGACAAGCUUAAUCACCAUGACCACAUAUAAUGUCCUAUUUGAGAUUCUGACUGAACAGAUUUGUACUCAAGUGAUACAUAAACAACACCCUGACCCAGAUUCAACAGUGAAGAUACAAAAUCCUCAGAUUUUGAAGGUUAUUGCAAUCCUGCUGCGUAAUUCUCCGCAGUGUCUAGAAACUCUGGAGGUUCGACGAGCCUUUCUCUCAGAUAUGAUUAAACUUUUUAAUAACAGCAGAGAAAAUAGGAGGAGUUUGUUGCAGUGCUCCGUCUGGCAGGAGUGGAUGCUUUCCCUCUGCUGUUUUAAUCCGAAGACUUCUGAGGAGCAGAAGAUAACUGAAAUGGUGUAUACCAUAUUUCGAAUUUUGCUCUACCAUGCAAUCAAGUAUGAGUGGGGUGGCUGGCGUGUUUGGGUGGAUACGCUGUCAAUCACACAUUCAAAGGUAACUUUUGAAAUGCACAGAGAGAGUCUUUCUCAAAUGUACAGGGAGUACCAAGGGAAAGGAGGUGAAGGGAGUGGAAUACGUUCUUCAACUCCAAUUAGAACAAUCUCUGGAGUUAGCAAAGCAGCUGAAUCCAAGGGAAAGCAACAAUGUUUGGAGUUAAAAGAUACUACUGCUUCUUCCUGCAUUGUUGAUGAUAAUAUGGAGUGCAGUACUGAAAAAAAAGAGACAAGUACCUCAUCAGAUGGUGACCAACAAACUCAUUCAGUGUCUAAUCAUAGGGAGAAGUUAGAGGGGGAAGACAGGGACACUACACAGGCUUUAAAAGCAGCGUCUUGUGCAGAAUUUUCUUCAGAACCAGAAGCACUAAAGCCCAGUGUUUCAGAAAUUAGUACUGGAAUAGCUGAAGCAAUUGAAGAUUCUCUGAGCAAAGCUGCUGAGCUUGUGGAAGAAACAGCUGUCACUGCUGCUUCUUUAGCAAUGCAAACUACUUUGGAAGGGGAAACUCCUGAAAUUCCAGAAAGACCAGAAAAAUCAACAGUAGAGGUGGAAGAUGAAGAUGGCUUUGUUGAUUUGAAAGGGGAAAGUAGUAUGCCGUUACCUUCAGAAGAGUUUCUAGAAACGAACAAGGAACAUAGCUCCAAUGACAGCGAACUGACAAGGCAGGAAAAAACAAUAGAGAAGCAACCUGAAUCUAUGCUUUUAAAAUCUGGAGAUAAUGAAGGUAUGGAUGGGAAGAAACAAGAACUGACUUCUUUACCGGAAACAGUGAGUUCCACAGUUCAAGAAGUAGUGACUCAACCGGAUUCAGAAGGGAAAAAGAAGCUGGAAGAAGAAAAGAUUCUUUCUAGUGAAACCAAAAUGGCAGAACAAAACGCAAAUGCACCUGUGUCAGAACCCACUGGAACCUGUGACAAAAGAAUUGCCAAGCUUGAUGUUUCUAGUGUUGCAUCAGAUACAGAAAAACUGGAACUGAAAGCUAACAGAUGUCUAGAAGCACCUCUGCCCCACAGAUCUGUACCUGAGACCUCAAGGCAGCAAGAUUCUUCAGGACAAGAACUAGCUGCUACAUCAGAUGGUCAGAGAAGAGACUCUAGGUCCACUGUGUUCCGUAUUCCUGAGUUCAAGUGGUCACUGAUGCAUCAGCGCUUGCUCACAGACUUACUCUUUUCCAUAGAAACAGAUAUACAGAUGUGGAGAAGCCAUUCUACAAAAACUGUGAUGGACUUUGUGAAUAGCAGUGAUAAUGUCAUAUUUGUGCACAACACAAUUCACCUCAUCUCUCAAGUGAUGGACAACAUGAUCAUGGCUUGUGGUGGUAUAUUGCCCUUGCUUUCUGCUGCCACAUCUGCUACUCAUGAAUUGGAGAAUAUUGAGCCAACUCAAGGGCUUUCAGUAGAAGCAUCUUUAACAUUUCUCCAGAGAUUAAUCAACCUUGUGGAUGUGCUAAUUUUUGCAAGCUCUCUUGGUUUCACUGAAAUUGAGUCUGAGAAAAAUAUGUCAUCUGGAGGAAUUCUGCGACAAUGUCUUCGUCUGGUAUGUGCAGUAGCCGUGAGAAAUUGCUUGGAGUGUCAGCAGCGUGCACAAAUGAAGCCUAUUGGAGACAUUGGGAAGAACCAAAAAACAGUGCAGGGCUUUAUAGGAACAGGAAAGUCUGCAGCAAAGAGUCCAGUGGACAUUGUGACUGGUGGCAUUUCUCCAAUACGAGACCAUGACAGACUUCUGCAGGAUAUGGAUAUUAACCGCCUUCGAGCAGUAGUGUUCAGAGAUAUAGAGGAUAGUAAACAGGCUCAGUUUUUGGCUUUGGCUGUUGUAUAUUUUAUUUCUGUGCUCAUGGUUUCAAAAUACAGAGAUAUACUGGAACCCCAAAAUGAAAGACAACCACCAAACCAUAGCCCGUCAUUGAAGGAAUCAGAGAAUGAAAAUAAUGAAACUCCUGCUACAGAUGUGGAAAACCCAUCUGCUGCUCUCAGUGCUUCAGCCUCCACUGAAGAUUCAGAAAGUACAGCAUCUGUACGAAGAAGGGAUUCUGGUCUUGGGGAGGAACCGGCUUCAGGGCAAGGAAACAGUUCUGGCAGUGUUGCUGAAGCAGGACCUCUGAACGUCAGUGCAGGUCCGGAUGCAAUCAGUGAAGUACUACGCACGCUCUCAUUAGAAGUAAAUAAGUCUCAGGAGGGCAGAAGUGAGACAGGAACUGAGGAUAGAAAGCCUGCAACUUCUGUACCAGCUGCAAAAAAUGUCAAUGUAAAGGACAUCCUAAGAAGCUUGGUAAGCACACCAGCUGAUGGGACUGCAGUGGAUGCUGCUCUUCUGUCACCAGCCUUCCUUGGCGUAUUGGGCGAUGGAGCUGCUGAGCAGCCUGUACAGUUCCAUUCCUUUGACAGGAGUGUCAUCGUACCACCGAAGAAAUCAACUAUUUCCUCUUCUACAACUGCUAUGGGUAUUCCUACAAAUGCUGUCAGUGUGGUUUCUUCUUUAGAUUCAGCCCACGCCCCAGAUUUGUCAGGAGAAUCUCCUGGAAGGGGAUCAUCUAAUUCAAAAUUGCCAUCUGUCCCUACAGUUUCUUCAGUGCCUGAGGAUUCUGCUUCAAAUAUGAGUAUUACAGACAGGCUUGAACAUGCUUUGGAAAAAGCUGCCCCACUUCUGAGAGAGAUUUUUGUGGAUUUUGCUCCCUUUCUUUCUCGGACUCUUUUGGGCAGCCAUGGGCAGGAGUUGCUGAUAGAAGGUACAAGUCUUGUGUGUAUGAAAUCCAGCAGUUCAGUUGUGGAGCUGGUGAUGCUUCUCUGCUCUCAGGAGUGGCAGAACUCUAUACAAAAGAAUGCUGGCCUUGCCUUUAUUGAGCUUGUCAAUGAAGGAAGAUUGCUGAGUCAAACCAUGAAGGACCAUUUGGUAAGAGUGGCUAAUGAAGCAGAAUUUAUCUUGAGCAGACAGAGAGCAGAGGAUAUUAACCGCCAUGCUGAAUUUGAGUCACUGUGUGCCCAGUAUUCUGCAGACAAACGGGAAGAAGAAAAAAUGUGUCAUCAUUUGAUAAUGGCAGCUAAGUACCGAGACCAGGUGACUUCAACUCAACUAAUACAGAAAAUUAUCAACAUUCUGACAGACAAGCAUGGAGCCUGGGGAAGCUCUGCACCAAGUCGUCCUCGUGAGUUCUGGCGCCUUGACUACUGGGAAGAUGACUUGCGGCGCCGGCGACGAUUUGUGCGUAACCCCCUUGGAUCGACACAUCCUGAAGCGACACUAAAAGCAGCCGGAGAACAUGCUCCUGAUGAAGAUAUACUUGUUAAAGGAAAGCAGUCCAUCAAGAGUCAAGUAUUAGGAAAUCAGAACUCAGAAAGUGAGAUUCUCUUGGAAGGCGAUGACGAUAUCAUGUCAUUCAUGGAGGAAAGAGAAGUGGAGAACUUAACGGGUCCAGUUGCCCUAAGCACACCAGCUCAGCUUGUGGCACCCUCGGUAGUAGUGAAAGGCACUCUUUCCAUCACUCUUUCUGAGCUCUACUUUGAGGUGGAUGAAGAAGAUCCCAGUUUUAAGAAAAUCGACCCAAAGAUUCUGGCAUAUACAGAAGGACUCCAUGGAAAAUGGCUCUUUUCAGAGAUUCGAUCUAUCUUUUCCCGACGUUACCUUUUGCAAAAUACAGCAUUGGAGAUAUUCAUGGCAAAUAGAGUGGGUGUCAUGUUCAACUUUCCUGACCAAGCAACAGUAAAGAAAGUGGUUAACUGUCUGCCUCGGGUCGGUAUUGGUACCAUCUUUGGACUACCCCAGACCAGACGUAUUUCUUUGGCUAGUCCACGACAGAUUUUCAAAGCUUCCAAUAUGACCCAGCGAUGGCAACACCGAGAAAUUUCCAACUUUGAAUACCUGAUGUUUCUAAACACUAUAGCAGGUCGAACUUACAAUGAUCUAAAUCAGUACCCUGUCUUCCCUUGGGUUAUCACCAACUAUGAAUCAGAGGAGUUGGACCUUACACUUCCUAGCAACUUCAGGGAUUUGUCAAAGCCUAUUGGAGCUUUGAACCCAAAGAGAGCAGCGUUCUUUGCUGAGAGAUAUGAAUCAUGGGAAGAUGAUCAGGUUCCCAAAUUUCACUAUGGCACGCAUUACUCAACUGCAAGUUUCGCACUCACAUGGUUGUUAAGAAUUGAACCCUUUACAACACUUUUCCUAAAUCUACAAGGUGGGAAGUUUGAUCAUGCAGAUAGAACUUUUUCAUCUAUUUCAAGAGCGUGGCGCAAUAGUCAGCGUGACACUUCUGAUAUCAAGGAACUGAUUCCUGAAUUCUAUUACCUCCCAGAGAUAUUUGUCAACAGCAACAAUUACAAUCUGGGAGUGAUGGAUGAUGGAACAGUUGUGUCUGAUGUUGAACUUCCACCAUGGGCCAAAACCCCAGAAGAAUUUGUUCGCAUAAACAGACUGGCAUUGGAAAGUGAGUUUGUUUCCUGCCAGCUGCACCAGUGGAUUGAUCUGAUUUUUGGCUAUAAACAGCAAGGGCCAGAGGCUGUUAGGUCCCUGAAUGUAUUCUACUAUUUGACUUACGAAGGAGCUGUUAAUUUAAGUUCAAUAACGGAUCCCGUAUUGAGAGAGGCUGUUGAAGCUCAAAUACGAAGUUUUGGACAGACCCCUUCCCAACUGCUCAUAGAACCACAUCCUCCAAGAAGUUCUGCCAUGCAGGUGUAUCUCCUCCUGCAGAGUCCGUUGAUGUUCACAGACCAAGCUCAACAGGACGUUAUCAUGGUUCUAAAGUUCCCGUCCAACUCCCCUGUCACCCAUGUAGCAGCCAACACCCAGCCUGGUCUGGCCACUCCUGCUGUGAUCACAGUUACUGCAAAUAGGCUAUUUGCUGUAAACAAGUGGCAUAAUCUUCCUGCUCAUCAAGGUGCUGUACAAGACCACCCUUACCAGCUGCCAGUGGAAAUCGAUCCUCUCAUAGCCAGCAAUACAGGUAUGCAUAGAAGGCAAAUCACUGACCUUCUAGACCAAAGCAUUCAGGUACAUUCCCAGUGUUUUGUCAUCACCUCUGAUAAUCGUUACAUCUUGGUCUGUGGCUUCUGGGACAAGAGUUUCCGAGUUUAUUCUACCGACUCAGGUAAACUGAUGCAAGUAAUAUUUGGACACUGGGAUGUUGUAACCUGUCUUGCUCGUUCCGAGUCCUAUAUUGGAGGAAAUUGUUACAUUCUCUCAGGAUCCCGUGAUGCAACAUUGCUGCUCUGGUACUGGAAUGGCAAAACCAAUAUCAUUGGUGAUAACCCAAGAGGCGAUUUUGCAUCUCCUCGAGCUAUUUUGACAGGACAUGACUAUGAGAUCACCUGUGCUACCAUUUGUGCUGAACUUGGCCUGGUAAUAAGUGGUUCAAAAGAAGGACCAUGUCUCAUACAUUCUAUGAAUGGAGAUCUGCUGAGGACAUUAGAAGGUCCUGAAACUUUAGAAGGUCCCGAAAACCGUCUGAGACCAAAACUCAUUCAAGCUUCAAGAGAAGGCCACUGUGUCAUAUAUUAUGAAAACGGCCUCUUCUGUGUGUUCAGUGUGAAUGGGAGACUUCAAGCCACCAUGGAAACAGAUGACAAGAUAAAGGCAAUUCAACUGAGUCGAGAUGGACAGUAUCUGCUUACAGGUGGAGACAAUGGAGUUGUCAUGGUGUGGCAGUUGUGGGACCUCAAGCAGCUUUUUGCUUACCCAGGGUGUGAUGCUGGAAUCCGAUCCAUGGCCCUGUCAUAUGACCAAAGGUGUAUAAUGACUGGCAUGGCGUCUGGGAGCAUAGUGGUUUUCUACAAUGAUUUCAAUCGUUGGCACCACGAGUAUCAAACCAGAUACUGAUCUUCACAGAGACCGAGAUUAGCACUGACGUAGGCAGCUGUUGUCAGAAGGAAACUGAACGCAGCGCACCUUCCUUGGUGUCUCGCCACAACAUUGUCCUUAUAAAUAGCUAUAUUACAUCUGAAUGUAACUUAAAUAUGCUGGAAGAAGCAACCUAUUUUUUAAAGUUAAUUGCUAUUUUUGUAGACCUUGCUUGACUUUUUUUGGGGAAGGGCAAAGAAGCAGAAAAAUGGCUGCUGGGUUCUGUAGUUAAAAAUCUAUAUUUUUAGUCAUAAUGAGAAGUCUAUUUUGAUCCCUAUAUGUAAAAGAAACCUAAAGUAAAGGUGGUUAAAACUCACAUUCUAGCUAUAUUAUGAAGAAACGGAUUUUCCGUCUGAAGCUUUAUCUAUAACCUUGAGGAAUAUAUGAUUUUAACAUAAUGGAAAUUAAUUACGAUGUUUGAGGAAUUUUAAUCUGUGCUAUCUGUACCACACUUUGUCUUGUACUUUUCCAAAUGAUUGUACUACAUCAGCACUGAAGUUUCUGGGAAUCAAUGGUAAUAUUUAAAUUAUGGUUAAUGUAAUUUUAAACUUUGCAAAUCAUUUCCAUCAAUGUUACUAUUCAAGCAUGUUUCUAGGCCUAGACAAUUAGUUCUUUUUUAGUUGUAUGUUUCGUGCAGUUAAGAGCGAGAAAUUGGGAAUGGGAGUUUCUGUUACAUCGAGUGUGAAUCCUUCCAGUUUCUACCUGGCAUCUCCUUCAAAGCACACCAAAAUGUGGAUUGUUCCUCAAAAUCAGAAAGGCUAUUCUGAAGACUUUAAACUCAAAUUAGAAACCCACAGAGGCAGGUAUUUUUUAAUAGGUGCAAGUACCGAAGCACACUUCUGCUGGUUGACUGUGAGAGCACUAAAAAGGCAGGUGUUUGCUGGUGCACUGCCUCUGUACAGCAGCAGCAGCACUAGACUUGCAGGCGACUUCCUUCCCCGAACUAGCCCCUGCAAUACUGUAGCACAUGCCAUAUUCCUUUUCUGCGUAAAGCAACAAUAUCUUUUAUAUUUUGCUAUCACCAAAUCCAGUCAGGUCCUGCCCAAUCAUUUAAAAUUACCUCUUUCUUUUAGGAAAUGAAAAAUAAUUUAUACUAAGGAACAAUAAGUUAUUUUGGUGUUGCACAAAUCUACUUUUCUACAAGAUUGCUGUGCAGAACUCUGUGAAAAUAUUUGUGAAAAGAACUGUUAUUGUUUUGUAAGUCUGUAUUGCAUAAAAAUCUUCUUUGUAUGUUGUGAUCUAUAUGAGUUGAAAUUUACAUUCCAUAUCUGUAUUGAUACAUACAUUUCUCUAGCUGCCUACUAGAGCAGUUCCUGGUUUUUCUAAGCAUUUAGCUACUCUUUCUUUCAGUAAAGAUUUGGAAUGAGAAAAUUCAGUUUGAGUGAAGAAAUUAAAUAAAAUUACAUUUGUAAUUGA